CGGUAAACCAACAUAAAAUAAGUUUAGUUGGCUUUUAAAAUCUUUGACUUUUUCUUGGUCAAAACCAAACCGAACAAGGGUACGGUAAACCAAGCUGAAUCCGUCAUCAAUUUUGGUGGUAAAUUCCCGCGUGAGAGUGGCAAUGCGGCAUCUUUAUCGUUAGGAAGGAAGAAGGAAGAAGGAAGAAGGAGGAAGACGACGGCGUUUUGGUGAUCGAGAGAGCAGAAAUGGCGAAGGGCCUGCAACAACUACAGGGACAAAACCUGCCACCGGAUGUGGCCCAUGUUGUCGAUCAGCUGGAACGCCACUGCUUGGCUCCCGAUGGUUCCCUCGGCUCCAAAUCCGCAUAUUACGACCUCCAACUCGUACUCUCUCUCUCUCUCUCUGCAUUUCCCUGCCCUUUUUGGAUUCUGAGAAAAUGUCGAAUUUUGCAGGCCAGGGAGGCAAUGUGCGGGGAAAGAAUCCGUUACUUGGAAGCCAUGGCAAUUUAUGGCGAGGCAAUUGCAAUGGUGGAGGAGUAUCAACAGGGAUUGAAGCAUUCUUCUGAGGCUGAGCUGUACGAGACAUUAGAGCAUCGUAUGAUUGUUGCAGAAGCAGCCCAAAGGUCUAGGCUUCCUCUUGUCUCCAAAGAUGGUGAAGUUCAUGAGGAAGAGAUUGAAAAAUGCAGUAUAAUGUCACGGAGUUCCCUUGACAGUACUUGUACCGGUGUUACAAUCAGCUCAAGUUCCAACUCCACAAAUUAUACAGCAAGCAACAGUCUUUCUUGUAGUGCUACUGAUAUUGUGGAACCUGGACUUGGUGGUGUACCCAAUCGCUUUCUUGGAAUUACACCUGCUUAUUUAUGGCAAACACAGCUCCAGCAAUCUCCCUUUUGUUUGGAUAUGAAAGAAUACCAGUUGUGUCUUUCCCAUGAGAUUGAGGCUCGGUUGGAAGAAAAAUGUGACAAGUUAGCUGAUGCAUUAGUAAUUGAUGACAUUGGUCUCUCUCUCUCCCUCUCUCUCUCUCUCAAAUAUUCAUCACCCCUGCAUGAAACUACAAGUUCUCAGCUUCCAGAAAGGGUAAAGUUGAUAACUGAGGAGAUAGAAAGGGAGGAAGAAGCUUUGCAGGAAGAUCUAUAUUCCGCAGAUAGAAAAUUUUCUGAAUACUAUAACGUCUUAGAGCAGAUACUGGGAGUUCUCGUCAAGUUGAUCAAAGAUUUGAAAUUGCACCAUCAACACAAUUAUGAUGAACUACAAAAAACAUGGCUGUGCAAAAGGUGUGUGACCAUGAGCGCAAAACUGAGGAAACUGGAGUAUGCUAUCGUUGGUCAAACGUAUACUAAGGAAUCUGUACCAGCCCUGCAUAAAAUUAGGAAGUAUCUUACUGAUGCUACGGAAGAAGCUUCGGUUACAUAUAAUAAAGCGGUUACGCGCCUUCAUGAGUAUCAGGGUGUCGAUCCUCACUUCGAUCAAAUUGCAAGGCGGUACCGUGAUAUUGUAAAGAAACUGGAAAACAUGAAUUGGACGAUCCACCAAGUUGAAAUGGACCUGAAACGCCUCCCGGAUCAUCCGAACGCCUAGAACCGGCAUGUUCCUUUAACUUGAAUUUUUCUAUUUGUUCACAUCGGUUCAAACCCAAUUUGUUCGAAUAAACAUUGUCUGAUCCAAAUUUUUGUUUUCUUUCUAAUCCAAUGCCUGAUUGGCGUACAAAAGUAACUAGUACUCGGGGUUUUCUUUCCCCAAAUAAUUAUAUUUUCACCCAUAGAUCCCUCCAA